UGGAAAACAUGGUAUGAAUCUUUCUUAUCGAGUUUUUGUUGCUGUUCUUUUUCCAUUUUAAUUUUUUUAAUGGGAGGAUGACAUGAUUAGUGGAUAAUUUUUUUAUUUCCUACUUGUUAUAAAAUAAAAUAAAAUUGAAAAAAAAAUAUAUUUGUCAUCAAAGAUGCGUCAUCGUCCUAAAAGUAACCGAAAAAAAAAGAGAAAAAUAAUAAAGCAGCUGAAUAUUUAAAUGUCUGCAUUUUCUAAAUGGGCCUUCUUUAGAUUUUAAUUUUUAAACUCUCGGCCCAUUUUACUCGGAGUUGUGAGCGCAGGGGAUCGAUCGCCUCCAUGGCGCUGUGGUUUGCUCGCGCAGCUCGAAAGCUUCGCCGCCUAUCGCCGGCGGCUGCCAGGUCCAUCUUCCCCUUCGCUUCCCCUCCGCCAAUUCCUAGCUCUUCCUCCAUCCUCUAUAUUUUUGGAUCUCCCAUCCCGCGUCUGAGUCGCCCUCCUUGGGCGGGAUCGCCGCUUCUCGUUGGAUUCCCCCAUCAUCUGUCCUUCGCCUCUCUGUCCGGUUCCUCCAACGAAACCGAAGGGGAUGGAGUGGCGCGGCGUCCGGAAGAUGGAGCUGUGGAAGCGCCUCCGUCGUGGCUCGACGCCUACUUGCCCCCGUCGGUGCGCCCGUAUGCGCUACUAGCACGGCUGGAUAAGCCAAUAGGGGUAUGGCUAUUGGCUUGGCCUUGCACGUGGUCAAUUACCAUGGCAGCAACACCAGGGCACCUUCCUGACAUAAAAAUGUUAACAUUGUUUGGUUGUGGAGCUGUGCUUUUAAGGGGAGCUGGUUGUACUGUGAAUGACCUUCUUGAUCGUGACAUUGAUGUCAAGGUUGAGCGAACAAAAUAUAGGCCCAUUGCAUCUGGUAUUUUGUCACCAUUUCAAGGGCUUUGCUUUUUGGGUUUCCAACUUCUUUUAGGUUUAGGAAUCCUUCUGCAACUCAAUACUUAUAGCCAAAUACUUGGUGCAUCGUCGUUAUUUUUGGUUUCCUCCUAUCCUCUUAUGAAGCGAUUGACAUUUUGGCCUCAAGCAUACUUAGGUUUAACCUUCAACUGGGGAGCUUUAUUAGGGUGGGCUGCUGUUAAAGAAAGUUUGGAUCCUGCAAUUGUCCUGCCAUUGUAUGCUGCUGGUGUCUGUUGGACCCUUGUAUAUGACACGAUAUAUGCACAUCAGGAUAAGGAAGAUGACAAAAUGGUGGGUGUUAAAUCAACAGCUUUGAGAUUUGGAAGUUUGACAAAGAACUGGGUUACUGGCUUUGCAAUUGCAUGCAUUGGCAAUCUAGCUCUUAGUGGAUACAAUGCAGAGCUUGCAUGGCAAUACUAUACAUUUCUUAUAGCUGCUGCUGGGCACCUAGGAUGGCAGAUUUUUACUGUUGACUUGUCUAGUCGUGCAGAUUGCAACAGAAAAUUUGUGUCAAACAAGUGGUUUGGAGCUAUCAUAUUCAGCGGAAUAUUAUUUGGUCGAUUAGCUUCAUGAGAGGGAUGUUUAAGAACGUGGAAAAAGGGGGGAAUGGCUUUAGGAAGGAAAAUGAGCAGAAAAGAAAUGGAAAGGCUCCUAUAAAUUGUACUGUUAAAAGUCUAUACGUUUUAAAUGUAUUAUUUUUGAAGUAGCACUUAAAAGGUUUUAAAAGAUUAUAUUGUUGGAGUAAACGUAAAGUUUUAUAAAAUAUCAAGUAGACUUGAGGUUUG